AUGCCUACCAAAACGCGAUUGCAGCCAAAGCAGCUUCAAGCACUCACACCCAAGGACUCAGGCAGGAAGAGUUUUGACCGUAACGUUCUAGUGGUUUUUCCUGUAGUAGUUGCUGUUGUAGGCUGUGCAUUGCUUUUCUGCAUUCGCCAUGCUUCCUCGCCCACGUCCGUCCUGUGCACCUGGACUCCGGACGACUGCACCCUCUCGCUCACGAUCUCGGCCACGCCCGAGAUCUUCGUCCUCAUCGUCUUCCUCUUCCUCUUCGUCGUCAACGCCGGCGGCACCUACGACCCGGACUGCGGGCAACUUGACAACUAUUUGCAAUCCGAUUAUUCCACACGGCUGGGCUCCCUCAAGGCGGUGCACUGGGAUCGAGUGUAUACUGCAUUGCUGCAACACAGGUCCUACCUCAAAGCGCUCCCUCAUCGCCGGCAAUGUCAACGGGAGUUACUUUUGGAGGGACGCCAUUUUGAAGUGCCUUUCACCCUAGCGGAUCCGAUACUCACAGUGAUGCAUCUGUUGGUACAUACCGGAUACCAUCCUCACAGUGUCCAGUUCAAGUUUACGCACGUCGAGGCCCCCCAACAUCAACCAGACCAAGCAGGCAGACCGAUGCUGAUGGUCUCACUUCCCUUCCCGGCGGCGGCACAGCGUAUUAGCGGGGCACCUGCCGUCGCGUAUUUCGGUCACAACACUGACCUUCAGGCGGCUUUUGGCAUCCUUAAAGAAGGCUGCAUCCGCCCCAGCAAUUUCGACCCCCUUGACGACUCUUGGCUACCAAGUCCAGCCUUUUACUCUCGCGCUUCUGUCAACAGCCUCAGCGGAGCCUUACGGGCUGCAGCCAAGUUCGGAGGAUGGGGCUCUCCCCGUCCGAUUUGUGUAUAUGGCCGAAUCCCCAUUUGCUAUCUCGACAUAGCCAAUGCCGCGCCUGCCGACACACCGUCUUCAGUGCUCCCCAACACUCCCGCUGGCUAUCACCUGAAGAGCGACAGUGGGGGCACCGUCCCCGAAAACGCGGCGAACUACUUCGUCUCCAUCCUACACGGCAACGACAACCGUUGGGGCGUGCACUCCGCGCUUGCACAACCAGAAGGCAUUGCCGUGUUCAUGUGA